AUGAAUACGGAAGCGAUGAAGUGCGCCCUUUGUGGAGUGCAGUCCAGCCUGAAGUGCGCCGGUUGCAAGCUGGUGGCCUAUUGCAGUCCGGUGCAUCAGAAGAAACACUGGCGGUUGCAGCACAAGAACGAGUGCGCUAAGCCAUAUGAGAUUGUGCAGAACACCGAAAGCGCCAAGCUUGCCCGCAACGAAGAAGUGGGCCGCUUCUUUCUGGCGACGGAGAACAUCCCAAAGGGCACAACGCUCUUCGUGGAAACUCCGCUGGUCAUCGGUCCGAAAUGGAACCUGAACGAGUACGAGCAACGGUCGUCGAUCGUACCCUGCGUGGGAUGCUUUGCCGAUUGCCAGAUUGGAUUGCACCGGUGCGAAGGCUGCCGUUGGCCCGCCUGUAAACCGGACUGUCCGGGGUUGAUCAAUGCGAACCUUCACGCGCUGGAAUGCGGUAUUCUGCGGCUUGGUGGAGGGCCGAAGUCCCGAGAUGAUCCGGAGGCGAUCGUCGACUAUUUUCGGUACGAUUCGCUGCUGGUACUGAAAUGCCUUGCCCUGCAGAUCACUGACCGAAAGCGAUUCGACCAGAUGAUGCAGCUGGAAAGUCACUAUGCGGCUCGAAAGGGAACCCAAUUCUAUCAGGAAGCUGAUGAGCGGACUGUGCAAUAUUUGUUGAAAAAUUUCCUCAAUCCUCUGAAAAAGUUGGAAGAGCAGCAGGGGAAAACAGUACUACCAGUGUGUGAUGCCAAAACGCUCCACAAAAUUAGUGGUAUUUUGGAGGUAAACGCCAUGGUUAUUCCACUCAGCAAUGGCCGAGAAAUCUGCGGCCUUUACCCAAUAGGUUGUAUGCUGGAGCACUGCUGUAUGCCCAAUUGCCACUACACUUUCAACUGCGACAAGGGAAUGAAGCUAACCUUCAAAGCUGGCAGAGAUAUUGAGAAGAACGAACAUCUAUCGACGACCUAUACCCAUUCCCUGUGGGGAACUCAACAACGACGCGAUCACCUGAGAGCCAACAAAUACUUCACCUGCACUUGUCCGCGUUGUGCGGAUCCUACCGAACUCGGAACCUACUUGAGUGCUCUCAAGUGCAUGGGUGAUGAUGGCAACGUCUGCAACGGUUUCCAACUGCCGGUGGAUGCACUGGACGAUAACAGCGACUGGAAAUGUGAUCAGUGUGCCAUCACAAUUCAAUCGGAUCAGGUGAAUUUUCUACUAUCGAAAAUCGGCGAAGAGGUCGAUGGCGCUAUGGAAAAAUCGUCCGUCAAACACAUGCAAGAUUUGAUCUUCAAACUGUCGACCUUUCUACAUCCAAAUCAUUACCUGCUAUUUACGCUGAAACAUUCACUGAUUCAAAUGUACGGUCACGUCAGCGGUUAUCUAACACAUCAAUUGACGGAUCAGAUCCUCGCCGAAAAGAUUACCAUGUGUCGGGACAUGAUGAAGGUAGUCGACCGCCUCGACCCGGACUCGUUCCGGCUGAGCCUGUAUGCGGCCGUUAUUUUCUUCGAACAGCAAUCGGCGUUGGUGGAGAUGAAUGCCAGAGCACUGCAAUCCGGGAAGUCGUCGGAAGAGGACACUUCCGUGCGGAAGAACUACAACGAAGCACUGCACUGCUUGAUGCGAGCGAAGCAGGUUCUGGAGAACGAAAUGGGCACCCAGCAGGGUAAGAAACUCCUGGAGGAGAUCCGGAAAGCGACCGAAAGGGUCGAAAGUGCCAUGCGUUGUUGA